AUGUUGUGCCGGGUGGUGACUUUCACUUGGCUACGCGUGGAGUUGAUCAUGAACCACCUCCUAACUUCAUCGAUGUUGAUCUUGCACGAGAUCUUCCGCAAUUUCUACAUCAACUUCAGCGAUCAUUCAGAGAACGUGGACUUCGACUGGGUCCUGAUGAAGCAUUGCGUUUGCGAACAUGGUAUCUCCAUCACUGUGCUCAUGACAGAUGCUAUGCACCACGCUUUGUUGAGCUGGAAGGCAACCCUGCACGCUGGAGCAAUGACAUCACUCAGGCAGAAUUCUGGCUCCACAACGCUCAUUGUCGAGUCACUCAUGGGUGGCAAGAAAUCCCACUUCUCCCAGAACGAUUUACAUCCAACAGCUGACGGACAGUCCUUUGUUUUGGCUUUUACACCAAACAUUUUAGCUGAAGGGAGAGGUGGUCAAGCUCAUGAAGGGGAAGUCACUGAUGACGCCAGCCUCAUGGCUACCUUCCAUCAACUGCCACAUGAUGACCCCACUUCCAUUGCGGAGAGGCCGGAAGCAGCCCAAGAUGACAAUGAGAUGCAGGAUGAAGAUGAAUCGCCGUCCCCAGGAGAGGACGAUUAUGAGUCAGACUACGCGAUGACUCAGGCAGAUGAGCAUCUACCUUGGCAGUCGGUCGCGAUCUUUGACACUGAAGCCCACUCUGCGAGAGGCCGAGUGCCUUUCACACCGUAUGAGGCCUUUUUCAGACGAGUCCGUGCGAUCAUUGGGCUGCGACACCAUGAUGUGUCACGGAUUGUGCAGAUCACACCCACGCCUGACGAUCUCCUGGCGUUGGUUGUUACUCCACUGCUGAUACUGCGCCAUGACGACUUUGAGGAAGGCGACUUCCGCAGAGCUGCACUCGUUGAUGUUGAGCACCAUGGAAGUCAGUGGACCACACCAGUUGCGACAGAUCGCUUUGUGAUCAAGCUGCCUGACAUGAUCCACCGUGCCAACUUCUUAGCUUGGAUACGAGUUGAUCGAUUCUGCUCGCGCUCCAGAGACCGUUGUCUGGUAUGA